AUGGAUUGGCUGGCCCUCACCUGCCGCGCCGCGGUGUUGAUCCUUCUGCUCCUGCCGUUCGGUGCGUCCGACGACCGGCUUGUCCCCGGCAAGCAGCUCUCCCCUGGCAAUACCAUCGUCUCCGAUGGCGGUGCUUUCGCCUUGGGCUUCUUCUCCCCAAACAACUCCACCAGUACUUCGCCCAAGUUGUACCUUGGCAUAUGGUACAACGACAUCCCAGAGCUCACCGUGGUGUGGGUCGGCAACCGAGAAAACCCGGCCAUCAACAUCACUUCCUCUUCACCGGUGCUCUCACUCACCAAGACCUCAAAUCUCAUUCUCUCUGAUGGAGAUGGCAGCGGCCGUGUCAUUUGGAGGACGACCAACAUGGCCGCUGCCAUAGGCUCGUCUACCCCUAUGGCGGUGCUUUUGAACACCGGCAACCUUGUUAUCCGGUCGUCAAACGGCACCACGUUGUGGCAGAGCUUUGACCACCACACUGACACAUUCCUCCCUGGCAUGAAGGUCGGGCUCAAGUACAACACGCAUGAUGGCGGUGAGCGCCUUGUAUCCUGGAAGGGCCCGGGCGACCCCUCGCCGGGCCGCUUCUCUUAUGGAAUCGAUCCCACCACGUUCCUCCAGGUGUUCCUCUGGGACGGGAAGCGCCCGGUGUUGCGCAGCGCCCCAUGGACAGGGUACCUUGUGACAAGCGAGCGCCGGUACCAACAGACGAAUGCCAGCACAGAGGUCAUCAUCUAUCUUGCCGUCGUCGACAAUGACAAGGAGAUCUACAUCACAUAUAGCCUCUCAGAUGGCGCCCCGCACACUAGGCAUGUGCUGACCUACUCCGGGGAGUACCAAACCCAGAGCUGGAAUAACAGGUUGUUGGUGUGGGAAGUCCUCGUGAAGUUGCCCUCCGUUCAAUGCACCCUAUACGGCUAUUGCGGUCCGUACGGCUACUGUGAUCAGACGGCAGCACCUGUCCCAACGUGCAAGUGCCUAGAUGGUUUCGAGCCGGCUAGCACGGAGGAGUGGACCGGUGGCAGGUUCUCUAUGGGAUGCCGGCGGAAGGAGCCAUUGGGCGGGUGCGGUGAUGGUUUCCUGGCCUUGCCGGGGAUGAAGCCGCCCGACAAGUUCACACUCGUCGGCGGGGGUAAGAGUACGUUCGAGGAGUGUGCAGCAGAGUGCAACCGUAACUGCUCUUGUGUGGCAUACGCACAUGCUAACCUGAGCAGUGGCGGGUCUGAAGGAAACGUGACAGGGUGCUUGGUUUGGGAUGGGGAGUUGAUUGACACGGGAAAGCUUGGUGAUGUGUUUGGUAGCAACACGCUCUAUCUCCGAGUUGCUGGCCUAUAUGUGGCGGACGGUAAAAGGACUACGAGCAACACAGUGAGGAUUGGGCUGCCAGUUUUAGCAAGUGUUAUGGUACUCCUAUGCAUAACCUUGGCAUGGUUAAAAUUUAAAGGUAAGAUCGAAAAGUGGAGAAAACGCAAAAGUUCAUCAUUGGAUGGCAUGUGUAUCUCUUAUGAACUUGAUGAAGGGAACCCUCACCGUGAUCGUAAAUUUCCAUUUGUAAGAUUUGAGGAAAUGUCCAUAGCAACUCACAACUUCUGUGAAACAUGUCAGAUUGGACGUGGAGGCUUUGGCAAAGUUUACAAGGGGAUGUUAGGUGGUCAAGAAGUUGCUAUCAAAAGGCUUAGUAAGGAUUCUCAACAAGGAACAAAGGAAUUCAGGAACGAAGUAAUUCUAAUUUCAAAAUUGCAACAUAGGAACUUGGUUCAACUCCUUGGAUGUUGCGCGGAAGGGGAUGAAAAAUUGUUGAUUUAUGAGUAUAUGCCUAACAAGAGCUUGGAUGCUACCCUUUUUGAUGACUCAAGAAGAUUGUUACUAGAUUGGUCGACACGGUUUAAUAUAAUCAAAGGGGUCGCAAGGGGACUUCUCUAUCUCCACCAAGAUUCAAGACUGACAAUAAUUCAUAGAGACCUGAAAGCUGGAAACGUUUUGCUAGAUGCAGAUAUGAAACCCAAGAUAGCGGAUUUUGGUAUGGCGAGGAUCUUUGGAGAUAACCAGCAAAAUGCAAAUACUCAACGCAUUGUCGGGACCUAUGGCUACAUGGCUCCUGAGUAUGCAAUGGAAGGCCUCUUCUCUACCAAGUCCGAUGUAUAUAGCUUUGGUGUGUUGCUAUUAGAGGUUGUAACUGGUAUUAGAAGAAACUCCAAUAGUGGAACCAUGGGUUUCCCUAGCCUCAUAAUCUAUUCAUGGAAUAUGUGGAAAGAAGGGCGGGCAGAGGAGUUACCAGACUCAUCUAUCAUGGAUACUUGUUCAGUAGAUGAAGUUGUGCUUUGCGUCCAUGUGGCACUCUUGUGCGUCGAGGAGAACCCAGAUGAUAGGCCGCUUAUGUCAUAUGUUGUGUUCGUCCUAGAGAAUGGAAGCACCACACUUCCUGACCCCAAUAGUCCGGCCUACUUCGCGCGACGAAGAAUUGAAAUGGAGCAAAUCAGGGAAGAUAUUCAGACUUCCGCAAACGGUUUUACUCUUACUGAAAUAGAGGGGCGUUGA